GUGUGGGUGUGUGUGUGUAGAAAGGACCAGAAACAGGGAAGGCAAUAUCAACAGAACUAUAUAAAAGAAGAAGAAACUAUUGGAUGAGCUGUCAUAAGGAGAAAAGAACUGACAUUUCCAUAAGAAAAGCAGAAUUUCUGAGAAUAACCUUUAUUUAACCCUGGGUACAAUGUGGCACUCUGUCAUUGUGCACUGUUUAUCAUGGGUUUAUUCUGGAUUUUUGUUGAUUAUCAUUGGGGCUGUCGUUGCUUUCCUUGCUUACUGUGCCUACAUUAAGUAUAUGCACCUGAAGUAUGAUGAUAUUCCUGGCCCCCCAAGAGACAGCUUCCUGCUGGGGCACAUCCCCACCUUAAGCAAAGCAGAAGAGAACUACAGUGUAGUGCAUGACUUGUUUUUACACUGGGCAGAAAUAUAUGGCCCAGUUUUCAAAAUUAACAUAUUGCACCGAGUCAUGAUAUAUUCUACCAGCCCAGAGUCUGUUAAGGAAUGCCUCAUGUCAUCAAAAUACCCUAAGGAUCCCUAUACCUACAACCAGCUAUUUAAUUUGUUUGGAAAGAGAUUCCUCGGAAAGGGUUUAUUAACUGAUCCAGACCAUGAUCACUGGUACCAUCAGCGUCGUAUUAUGGAUCCUGCAUUCAGUAACACAUACCUUAAGGAGAUGAUUGGAAUAUUUAAUGAAAGAGCUGAACAAAUGAUGGAAAAAUUAGAAGAGAAAGCAGACGGCCACCAAGAAGUCUCCAUGCACAGCAUCAUCAACCGUGUUACUUUGGAUGUCAUUACUAAGGUAGCAUUUGGGAUGGACCUUGGAUUAGUAGAAGGAAACAAGACUGAUUUUCCUAAUGCAAUCUCUAAGGUACUUACGGGCAUGAUGCGGUAUAUGCAGAACCCAUAUAUGCAGUACUUUCCAAAGCACUGGGCCUUUGUUCGAGAGGUGCAGGAAAGUGCAGACUUGCUGCGAAAAACAGGCAAGGAAUGUAUCAGUCAGCGCAAAAAAGCAAUGCAAAAUGGAGAAGAGCUUCCCAAAGACAUCCUGACCAAGAUUCUGCAGUGUGCUGAGCUGGAAAAUGCUUUGGAUGAUGAGAUCAUGCUGGAUAACUUCAUCACAUUCUUCAUAGCUGGACAGGAAACAACUGCCAACCAGUUAUCAUUUACUGUUAUGGAGCUCACCAGGCAGCCUGAAAUUAUGACAAAGCUACGUAUGGAGGUGGAUGAGGUCAUUGGCUUUAAACGGGACAUUAGUUAUGAUGAUAUACAAAAUCUCAAUUAUAUGACCCAGGUUCUGAAAGAAUCUUUACGAUUUUACCCACCCGGACCAGGAACCUCACGGUAUCUUAAGGAAGAUACAAUUUUUGAAGGCAUCAAGAUUCCUGGAGGGGUGUCCAUUACUUUUAACACAUAUGUCAUGGGAAGGAUGGAGAAGUUCUUUCAAGACCCAUGUAAAUUUGACCCGGAGAGAUUCCAUCCAGCGGCUGUAAAACCAUACUUCUGCUAUUUCCCAUUUGCAUUAGGCCCUCGGUCCUGUCUGGGGCAGAUAUUUUCUCAACUGGAGGCAAAGGUCAUUCUAAGCAAACUGAUACAGAGAUUUGAGUUUGAGCUAGUUCCAGGACAAUCUUUUGGAAUAAAGGACACAGGAACUCUGAGACCCCGUGAUGGAGUUGUCUGCACUCUGAAGUCCAGGGCUUGAUCCAAGUUAAACAUGACAACAUACUGGAGUAAAGCUGAUGAUCCUGAUAUACCAGAUUUGAACAACUCUACCUUUGUGUGAAUCAGUGUGUAACACGGUAGAACCUUUGGAUCUGCUUUCUGUUGGGUCUGUGCUGACAUUUUAUAGGAUGAUAUUUAUAUGAAUAUCUUACUCUCUGUCUACAUAAACCUUGUUAUUAAAGUGCCCACAAAUAAAUAUGAUGAGUAAGCAGAAGCAGAGGAACUGUCACUGCUAAAAUCAUGCACCUAAAUUGUAGUCUGUGUUUUUAUAAUUC